AGGAAAACUGAUGUGAAGAAAAGUCAAGAAUUCCACCUGGAUGAUUUACACCAUUUAAGUGAUUAAUAACAGGAUAAAUCUCAAAAUGUCGAAGAGAGAGGCUGGAUUGUGCUUCCUUCGUUUGACUUCAUGGCUGCUUCACUGCUGUGUUUUCAUAAAUCUGGAUCCGGGAAGUGGAGGACGGAGCGUUCAGCAGUUUGGUGGCUUUGGAGGAGUUGAAUCUGGCCUUCAACAAACUGACAGACAUCUCUGGAGGAAUGUUUCAGAAUCUGAGAAAUCUCACUGUGUUGCAUCUAAAUGACAACUUGAUCGCAAAUAUCAACAUCUCUGCAUUUUCACCCCUGAUCAGUUUAAGAAAAGUAAAUCUGUCCAGAAAUCAUCUGAACCAAAUAAGCAAAGUUCAGCCGCUCUUUUUAUUACCACAAUUACAGGAAGUGCACAUUGGGAGCAAUAACUUCACCUCUUUUCAGACCUCGGAGGUGUCCAACAUAUCUUUGAGACUGAAAGUCCUGGAUUUAUUUCAGAAUCCUUUGAAAGUGUUCAGUGUCACUGCAGAUAUUUUCCCUCACCUGGAUAAUUUGGUCUUGGCUUUUAUUGCUGAAAACAUGACAUGGGAUGUGCAGGACAAAAGGUAUCUUCAAAGUGUGCGAUUUCUAAAUCUAAGUGGAAUACAGUUGCCAGUGGAGAAGAUCACAGAUCUCCUGCAAACCUUCAACUCUUCUUUGGCCAGCCUGAGGCUACACUCUCUAGGGGAUGUAAAGGUCAAAGCUUUGAUGAGGAACGUCUGUCUGAUUUCUUCUCUGAAAUUUCUGGGCUUGCAGGGGAACAACAUUACAUCCAUAUCAAAAGAUGAGAUGCAGUUCUGCACACAGUUAACCCAGCUGGAUCUGUCCAACAACAGACUGAACAGCGUUCCUUCUGUCAUCAGCAGCCUGCCAGGUCUUCAGUUUUUGGACCUCACCUUCAACCAUAUAAAGAGCAUAAGUCGUGUUGAUUUUGCCAACUUAACCCAAUUACGAACCCUUCAGAUGUACAGUAAUUAUAUAUCUUUUAUUGAGGACUUUGCUUUUAAAGAUCUGAAAAGCUUAAAAACUUUAAUGAUUGGAUCUAACAGACUCGUUCUCAACGGAUAUUUUAAAAAAGAUCUUCAAAAACUUACGAUUUUGGAUCUAGCAAAUAACAAGCUGGACUCGGUCCAUAGGGGAGAUUUUGAGUCCUUAAAAUCACUGAAGAAUUUGUCUCUUCCAGACAAUCAAAUCUCAUUUAUUGAAGCGGGGUCCUUCGAUGGAUUGACAAAUUUAAUUUUCCUGAAUUUGCAAUCAAACAAGCUCUCUCGGGGUUCGAUAAAAGACUCUGUGUUCUCCAGACUCCCAAACCUGAAAACCCUUCUGUUGAACAAUAACUAUAUUUCAUACGACAACCAGAAGGCUCUUGAUUAUCCACCCUUUCAAAAUCUGAGAAAGCUAAAGACUCUGAACAUUUUUAGCCAAGGUCAUAAAGGAAUGCGUUAUCUGCCCUCAAACCUUUUCAAGGGACUGUCGUCUUUGGAAGACCUUCAAGCAGAGAAUCUCAAUAUAAAUUCUUUAGAUCCAGACACAUUCACUUACACUCCUUAUCUGUGGGUACUGGAUCUCAGCAGGAAUGAACUCCUUUCACUCACUACGAGAUUAUUUCUGCCCCUCCGGGUCCUCAAGACACUCCACCUGUCCAAAGUUGGCUUACAAUCUUUGGACUUUCUCAUUAAUGCAAAUCUCAGUAAACUGCAUCUGUUGCAUGUAAGCACAAAUGCCUUAUCAGUCAUUAAUGAGACCUUGAUCCAGUCUCUGCCGACACUGAUUUACCUUGAUCUACGAGAAAAUUAUCUCUCAUGUGACUGUACCAAUGCCUGGUUCGUCAACUGGACCAUCAGUAGCAAUGACACAGAAGUCGAGAGUGCUUAUGAACUCACGUGCAAUUACCCAGACAAAAUCAAAGGACAUAAACUCCUGGAUCUUGAUGUAGAUUCAUGUAACGUAGAUGUGGGGUUCUUCUGUUUCAUUUCCACAGCCACACUAGUGUCAAUGACCCUUCUCGGCUCUUUUCUCUUUCACUUCCUCAGAUGGCAGGUUGUUUAUGCAUACUACCUUCUCCUUGCUUUUCUCCAUGAUAACAAACAGCAGAGAAAGCCCAACGGUCUGCAGUAUGAUGCUUUUAUUUCCUAUAAUGUUCAUGAUGAAUUGUGGGUAAUGAGGGAACUGUUGCCUCAGUUGGAAGGUGAGCAGGGCUGGAAGUUGUGUCUGCAUCACAGGGACUUUGAACCAGGCAAACCUAUCAUGGAUAAUAUUGUUAAUGGCAUUUAUAGUAGUCGCAAAACCAUCUGUGUGAUUAGCCAUCACUACUUGGAAAGUGAGUGGUGUUCCCGAGAGAUCCAGGUUGCUAGUUUCCGUCUCUUUGAUGAGAAAAAAGACGUUCUCAUCCUGGUGUUCCUGGAGCAUAUUCCCAGUCAUCAGCUGUCUCCGUACUACAGAAUGAAGAGACUAAUCCAGAAGAAGACCUAUCUCCGCUGGCCUAAACCCGGAGAGGACACCAGGGUCUUCUGGCAGAAACUCAGAGUCGCUCUGGAAAACAAAGACGCCUCAGAAAUGGAGCAUCCAUUGGCUGGGAUUUAGGGGUCAUCUAACCGUACCUAACUGAAGAAAAUAUUCUGCAACUUUGCUGUUUAACUGCUUUUAUUUUUAUGUAUAGCCUUUUUCCCUACCUUCCUAGACUACGAUUGAUUAUAAUGAUUUCCUCUUUUUCCUAUACACAUUUAUUUCUGUUUAAAUCAGGGAUAGCUGAGUUUAUAUCAUUUUUCAUUAACAGUAUAUUUUUUGUGUCGUUGUUUAUGUAUUGUUAAAAACUGUAUAUGUUCCCAAUUUCUGAUUUUCCAGUGGGUGCUUCAGUGUUUAAAGUUAAUCUUUAUAGUUUUAAAUAUUUAGGAGUAAUAAUUACAUGCAAAAGUGCAGAAAGACUUUAUUCGUUGGUCAGCUCUUCCCCUCUCUUUGGCCGGUCGCUCUACACGAUCCCAGACGAGGAAUAAGAGUCUUAUCUAGUGAAACAUUCUGUAAUUUUCUAAAAAAACAAAAAAAACAAACAUUUUAUACUUUUUAUCCACAAAUGCUCGUCUUGCACUGCUCUGUGAUGCUCCACACAUUACGUUGGAAAGGUCACGCGUGACGUAGAGGGAAGUACCGAUCCAGUGUUUACAAAGCGAACAUGCAAAGACUAAGUUAAACCCUUUACAAAAAAACGUAAAACAACGAUGUCGGACGAUUUUGAAGUUGGAGGAGAAAAUGAGAUGGAGUUUUUCGCCCUACCGCGGUACUUCCACCUACAUCACGUGUGACCUUUCCAACGUGAUGAUGUAAUGUGUGGAGCAUCACAGAGCAGUGCAAGACGAGCAUUUGUGGUUAAAAAGUAUAUAAUUUUUUAUUUUUUUCUGAAAAACAUUUUUAUUUUCAAUCCUGAAUGAACAGGAGAAAAGGAGUAACAUGAAUUAGCGUUUUCUCAGGCAUCACCAUCUUUAUUAAUGUGCAUCUAUAUCUCUUAUUAAUAUGAAAGACAUACUCCAUUCAUUAGCCUAAAGGACAUUUUUACAAAUACAACUUCUCUACAGUGUUAUUUCAAUAAACUGAUUUCAGGGAGUUAUUAGCGUAAUGUCUCAGUGUUUCUUACGGACAACAUCUGAAGAAUAAUCAUGUUGCAGAUGCAUGUGAAAUAAAUAAGGAAAUAACGUC